AUGCUCACAAUAGCUGGAAAUUGCCUGGUUGUCAUUGCUGUUUGUACGAAGAAGUAUCUAAGAAACCCGACAGGGUCAGACAUAAUAACAAUUAUUAUGAACGAACAAUGAUUCUUCAGAUUCCUUAUUAUCUCACUUGCUAUAGCUGAUCUUAUUGUUGGAGUUAUUGUGAUGCCAAUGAAUUCGCUGUUUGAAAUGGCUAACCAUUCAUGGCUCUUCGGAUUGCCAAUGUGCGAUGUUUUUCAUGCGAUGGAUAUACUGGCGUCCACAUCAUCUAUAUGGAAUUUAUGUGUCAUCAGCUUAGAUAGGUAUACGUAUUAAUGAUUUAUUUUUGAACACCCACUUUGUUAUAGGUACAUGGCUGGUAAAGACCCAAUAGGCUAUAGAGAUAAAGUAUCCAAACGUCGAAUACUUAUGGCAAUUUUUUGUGUUUGGGUUCUAUCGGCUAUUCUUUCCUUUCCGGCUAUUAUCUGGUGGCGAACAAGCUCACCUCAUUUGUAUGAAGAUCACGUGAGUUUGAAUUUGUAACAGAAUCAACAUGGGAAUUUCAGUCACAAUGUCUAUUCACAGACAGUAAAAUGUAUGUGAGUUUCUCGUCAUUAGUUUCAUUCUACAUUCCACUUUGCCUCAUACUUUUUGCGUACGGCAAAGUGUAUUUAAUAGCCACGCGGCACUCUAAAGGAUUGAGGAUGGGAAUCAAAACCGUUAGUCUUGACUUGAAAAACAAAAACUUCAAAUGAUAAUUUGAAGAUUAAAAAGAAAAACGGGAAAAAGUCAAAUACAGAAACGGAAAGUAUCUUGUCCAGUGAAAAUGAACCCACUUUGCGAAUACACUUUGGCAGAGGAAAACAAUCGAGUUCGAGUUUGCGAACAGGUCGUUUACAUGCUCAAGAAUCAACACGAUUGUUGUUGAAGCAGGUGAAUAACUAAGUUAUUAGACAGAAAACAAUCAACUAGAAAAGUAAAAAAAAACUCACUUUUUUAAAGGUUUCAUGUAAGUCUCUGAACGACCGCAGAGAUAACAGUAAUAAUAAUAUUCGGCAACCGCUACUGCGGAACUCUGGAGCUUGUUCUGACCGAACGCCAAGACAAUUCCGCGGGCGCAACGCAACCCUCAGCGUGAACUGUUCCAAUUCAAAAACAAUGUUACAAAUUGAACAGGUCAGUUUUUAAAUGCUUCUUGAUUUAUUGAAAAAUCUUAACCAUUGCAGGCGGAUAGAUUAUCUGCUUCUUUUUCCGAUGCUCAACUGUCUUCUCCCACAGCAAACCGUCGAAAGUUGAAUGUCCGAGAAAAAUCUCGGCAAAUGAUGCGUUAUGUUCAUGAACAGCGAGCUGCUCGAACACUUUCCAUAGUUGUAGGCGCGUUUAUAUUGUGUUGGACACCGUUCUUUGCUUAUUCACCAUUUACAGCUUUUUGUGAAGACGUAAGAUAGUUUUGUAGAAAUUUAAUAUGUGUUUCUUUCAGUGCUUUUCAAACAAAGAAGCUAUUUUCACAAUUGUGACAUGGGCCGGUCACCUCAAUUCAAUGCUAAAUCCUUUAAUAUAUUCGCGAUUUUCUCGUGAUUUCAGAAGAGCCUUCAAGCAGAUAUUAACUUGUCAACGGCAGCAAAAAGUCAAAACUGCAUUCAAAACGCCUUUAUCUCUCGUUUUCACCCAACUGAUAUCGGUAACCCAAAUGUGGGAACAGCCUCAGAAUACAUCGAUCGAUUAACUUUCUCUUUUUAUUAAUAUUUUCAAUUUUUUUAAUGUGUUAUCUUGCCCAGAAGUAUGUUUCCCUACUAUCCCAGUUGUAUUGGAAUAAAUCUGCUUCGACGUUUUGUGAAAUUAAUAGGAAUAGAAAACACAGGUUUCCCCAUAAGGAUUUGAAGAAGUUAUCAAUCGAACCCCGGAAAUCUUUUUUGUUUUUCAAAUUUGUCGCUUUUGAACCAAAAUACUUGAUUAAUCAACUAUUUUCUUUUAUUUCUGCGUGCAGAAUCUUUUGUUUUCUCAGUCAUCUCUACCACAAGCCUGUACUAAUCUUUGUCUCUCACUUGUAGUGUUGGGCCAAACCAGAAGCUCUUGCGGCCGUGGACUAGUUCUGUCAUCAGCAGUGAAUGACCAUUUCUCAAAAGAGUGGCGUUAAGUAGUCAAAACAAAAUCAACCUUUUUGUAAUUGAUAUAUAAUAUCCUGCAAGGAGGGUAUUUUGUCAUAAGAGAAAAAUAAAGAAAAUUAUGAAUUCGCACGUUCAUUACUUUUUUUUAAGUUUGUGCCGUCCUCGUGGGAAAAUCAAUAAUGUUAAACACCACCCGAACUAAAACUUCCAAAUUUCAAUUUCAGAACUGCAGUUGCGUUGAGUUCAGAAAUCAUGGAUUCCCGUGAAGUUGUAUUAUUAAAUUCGAGUAUGUUUUCAACUUUUUCUGGUUAUUAAACGAUUGCCAUUCCCAGUAGUCCUUACUGAGAAGCUAGUGAUUAUCAUACAUGUGCUUAGACAUAACUAUAUCUACGAUUCUUAUUUUAUCGUUUUUCCUCAAAUUUUUCGCUGGGUUUCCAGCUUCACCGCGACAAUCGUCUGAUACGGAAAUGAGCUCGUCUUGUGCUACGUCAACUGCUUCUGCCAUUGAUGAGGCCGAUGUUCGGUACACAUUCCACGACACAAUUCAAGCCAUCCGAACCUUGACAGUGUCGGAUGAUUCUUCCAAUAGAAACGGAUUGCCGACCAAAACAAAUGGAACGAAUUACACUCAGAAUUCUAGUUGGGUUCGCUUAAAUGUCGGAGGCAAGGUAAACAUCUCUUUUAGCUAUUGUCUGCCUCCAUUCAUGUUUCGGAGUCUCAUACAGUGUGGGAAAUAAGUUUAGGACCUCCCUAAUGUUUGAACGAUCUGUCGAAACGAGAAGAGAUUUCGAAAAUCUGUAAAUAUCAUUCGAUUUGGAAUACGAAAUAACCCUGGAGCUAAUUUGGGCUUAUAUGAAAAAAAUUUCGCACUCGCACACCAUCAAAAAAUCGUUUUUUCGGCCGGGAAAUGAGUUUAGGACCCCCUCAAAAAUUAUAAACUUUUUUAGAAAACUGGCCAUUUGAGAUUCAAAACGAAUUGCAGAAUUGUUGAAACUACAGAAAAAGCAUUUAGACAUCAUCCGGCUAUCUGGCAAUUACUGGAAUUUUGUUUUGUAAACCCCAUUUUCUUAGUUGGUGCAAAAACAGUGAAUUCUAAUGCAAAUCGACUUUCAACGAGCAUAACUUUGUUGAAAGUUCUUCGUUUCUCACCAGACUCGGACAAAAUAUCGUCAAUAACAUUGAUAAUAAGCAAAACAGUUUUGGCGUCUGGAGUCUUAGAGUCUUCGGAGUCUUAGAAUAAAAGGUACUUCCUUGGGGUUCUACGAGCUGGUCACUGUGAAGUAAAGUCUCCAAUAGUACAGAUAUGUCCAGAUGAUGUCAAAACUCAAUUUUUAGUUAUUUUACAUAAAACUGAUAACAAUUUGGCCCAUGAUUUGACCAUUUUCGUACUUUUUCAUGUGGAGACCUAAACUUAUUUCCCGGCCGAAUAAACGUUUUUUUGAUGGUGUGUGAGCAGGAAACGUUUUUGGAUAGACCCAAAUUGGCUUUGGGGGUUAUUUUGUAUGCCAAAUCAAAUGGCAUUCACAGAUUUUUUAUAUCUCUUUUCGUUUUGUCAGAACGUUCAAAAUUUAGAGGCUCCUAGAUUUAUUUCGCGCACUGUAUAUAUCUGAUGGUCUGACAGAUAUCGGAGGAUUCCAUAAGUAUCUUGGGUGUUCACCUUUUCUCGAUCCAAAAUCAGUACUUUUUCUCAGAUAAGAGCAAUUUUUCGGCAGUUUUUUUUGUGAUAUUGUCUAAUUGCUCGCUCUAUAUGUACAUUUUAUAGCCUUUUUUAAGAGCUCCAAGUACACGUAGGGAGAAAAUUGUACACUAUGGGGCAGAAAAGCAAAAAUUGAGUGUGUUUUUUUUAGGUCUUUCAAACCACAAAAUCUACACUCAUGCGUGAACCGGGAUCAUUCCUGUAUCGCUUGUGUCAAGAAGAACAGGGGCUACCCAGUGACAAGGUUUGUUUCGGUACAAAAAUUAUAACGUUUGUUUUCUGCUCAGUUCAGAAGUUUUUCGAAAGCAUUAUAAAAUGUUUUUCUUCAAUAGCAUCAUAAAGUAUUUCCUUCUACCAAAAUCUCAUUUACUUCUCUCAGGACGAGACCGGAGCCUAUCUCAUUGAUAGAGACCCGAAUUUCUUCUCGCCAAUUCUCAACUACCUGCGACACGGAAAACUUAUCAUGGAUCCGGGUGUUUCGGAGGAAGGCAUACUCGUCGAAGCUGAUUUUUACAACUUGCCGACACUGAGUCAAAUGAUUAUGGAUCGUAUGCAAGACAGAGAAAACGAGCUUAAAACGUUUCAAAAUAAUAAGUUUGUGUAUCGCGUUCUUCAGUGCCACGAAGAGGAGCUGGCUUCUGUGGUCUCAGCAAUGACUGACGGGUGGAAGAUUGUCCAGGUGAGAUAUUAAAAGCUCACAAGUACAGGAGAAGUUAAGGAGUUUCGGGUCGAGGAACACAAAUUUCAUGCUUAGAAACCCAUACUUCAAAAGAGUGAAAUUUUCACAACAAUUUACGAAAAAGUCAAUUUUUCUCAAAAAAGUUGCACUGUGGUCAAUCAAACGGACUCUACCAGCUAAUUCCUUGCAACUUGGUUUCAAAAAAAAAUCAAAGAUAGGUGAAAAAUAAAGUUGGACUUAAAGGAGCUCCAAGGGGAUCUACCGAAAAAUGAAAAACUUCUGCACAAACAUUUCGGCAAUAGCAACUACUACGCAGAACUACAGCAACUUUUGCUCAGAACACCAGCAGCUAUUGAGCAGAAGUUAGGUGAAAGUUUCUGAAGUUCCGCUGAGAAGUUGCCGACGUUUACUGAGGUUAGCUCGGCCCGCGCAACGCGCCCAAGAUUCAAAAUUCUAGGUUCACUUGCCAAACGCCAUAAGACACAUGUUUUCAAUGUACUAUAAAAAUCAAAAAAAUUUAAAAAAAAAUUGCAGGUGGUUCCGAUUAAUUCGAAUUACUCAGCCUAUACCGCGGAGCAACCACAGGAAUACUUAUGUAUAGUCGAAAGAGAGUGUCCAGAUAACGGGAACAUGUUGGAAGGACAAGAUCGCGCUAAACUUUUGCAGCAAAGAGCCCGUCGUGAGUAACUGUAUUAUACAUUAUCAUGAAAAUCAUUAAUUCAUACAAAUAUCCUUCUUGUUCAUUCAAGUCUUCGAUGUUCUGCCUGCCUGUUCGUUUAUUUUUCUAUAAUUCUGUCACCACUUUUUAUGUUUGAAAAAAAUAGUUGUGAUGGAAACAUAUUUUUUAAGAACAGAUGCUUGAACAAACUUUCAGACAACCGUAACUUUGCCCUAAACGCCAUAUUAAAAAGUCAUGUUUGUUAACAUAAUUUUAUUAAUAUUAGUGUAAAUUACUUUUUCAAUAGAAACAUUAACUAGGGCAGUUCUUAUUUAACACAUUCAUAUUUAUUUUUCAGACAAUUAA